CGAGCUUUAAGUUCCAACACCAAAUAUUCAAAUAGAACAAUUUUGAUAGGUUACCUAAUCAUACUCAACAACACAUAUUUUAUGAUACCAUGAUGAUCUCAAUGUCGUCAUGUUAAUUUUUUUAGGUUAAAUCAAAUUUACAAAGUGGUUUGUAAAAAAUUUUGGGCAGUUGAGGUAACAAAGUUAGUGCUACCACUAUUGUUGCCUAAUUACAUGACAGCCCAACCGCACGCCCACACCCAGCCCACCCACAAACGCCAUGCAGCCCAUCAAAUUAAUAUUAAUUAAUAAAACAAAGAAUAAAAUAAUAUUAAGGAACCAAAAAAGUAAAUUGUCCGGAUAAGCCCUCCACUAAGUGGAAAAAGAAAAAUCCCCCCACCCGCUUUCCCCACUAUACCCUCACUCCCUCCCAAUUAUUACAACCCGCACCACCUUGUUCCUCUGUCAUUUUCACGGCCACCCGAGGUUAAGACCGUAAAUGACCACUUUCGGGGAACCCGAUAUCUCCCCUUUUGAUAUAACCGCUGGUUCGUCGGUGCCGUGAUCUCCUGCAUACCCACCCCACCCACCACCGCCUGGACACCCGCGUGGAUCAACCAGAUUGCUGACGUGUUUGAAUCUUUGACCGUUGGAUUGAUAUCAAGCGGUGAGAUUGAUCGCAAGCCUGGUGGUCGUUGUAACACGCGAUCAGGGGGAUUCACCUGACGCUCGGGGGGGUUAAAAGUGGGGCCCGCAUGCGUUCAUCACACAUACUGUUUUAAGCUGAGCGAGCGAGUUGGAGAACUGAGUGGAAUUUCCAGUUUACUCUCUCUGGUUCGUGAGCGAGUUGGGGGGGAGAGGGAGAAGGAAGCCGAAGAAGCUUUUAUUUCUGUUUCUUCUUCUCCUUUUGUCUGUAUUUAAGGUACAAUUUCUCUCCUCUCUCAACCGUUCCUGCUGUACUCUUGUUCUUCAUAGCUAGGGUUUUUUUUCUUCUUCCUUCUCGCUCGCUGUGGCUCUCGCCGUUGUUUUACUGAGGUGAGUUAGAGGAAGACGACCGUGCUUCUCUAUCUCGUUUUCUUGUAAUGCAGCUGGUUUUUGGGUCUGGACGGGGGUGUGGAAUUUUUUGUUGAUAUUUUGUCGCUGUUUUUAGAAAUGUGUGGGCUUGUUUGUGUGUCGGUUUGAUUUCGUGAGGUGUGGAUGCUUGAGAAUCGUUUGGUUUUUUUUAGGGUUUGGGUUGUGAGGCUGAUGGUCUGUGCUGGUGUCUUGUGAUGUGAACAGGUUGUAGCUAGGAAGGUCUGGUUCGGGAAGGCAGCACUGGUUCAUACUCGUGUAGGUAUGGUUUCUCCAUUUCUCCUGUUUGAGUGAUGUGUGUAUGUGGUAGCUUUCUUUGUUGUUCGUAACAAGGUUGCAUGUGGCUGCAUCCUUCUGCUAUGGGGGGGGGGGGGGGGGGGGGGGGGGGGUUCGUUUUCGUUGUGGAUUUGUUGCAUGCAAGGGAAAUGGAUUGUUUGGUUUUACUUUCGCUUUUUACCUCUUUCAAGUGGCUCUGGUUGUCGAUGGGACGUACCCUAUUUCUCUUCCAGUUCUGUUGUGGUUUUACGAUUGGGGCUUACAAUAAGGUUCUACAAUCUGGGUUUACCCUGUACGUCAAUUUGUCUGUUCCGAUUGAGAGCUAAGUUUUCACCAUCUAGUAAGCAAAAUGACUUGGUACUGUACUGUGAGGAAUUAUUGUUCUUAUUUCACGUUUCUCUUAACGAUGUGCCUUUUUCUUGUUUUUAUUUUGGUCGGUUCAUAACAAUGUUGCAUGCCGGUUUUCUUCUACUACAGGUUCCUUCAGUUUUAUUUCUAUUGUAUCAUUUCCUGGAUGGGCUGGGUUCUGUCUUCCGGGGUUCCCUUUGCUUCCACGUGUCUUUUUUUUUUUGGUGUGCUUGUGAGCUAGUUUUUGGUAUUGGAUAGGCAAAAUUGUUUUGCUACACCGGCGAUUUGAAUUGAUGAUUGUGCAUUAGCUCUGAGAUGGACCAUCUGACUGUGAUGUGUCUUUUUUCAGACAAUGGACUCGGUGGAUCCUGAUGGAAGUGGUCUUCAGGAGGCCUUGCCACCUCCCCCACCUGUUCUUCCUCCAGAUGUGGUGCCGGUAAAACUUGAAGAACCGGCUAAGAAGAAGCCUGCGCGGCUUCCCAUGGCUAGGCGGGGCAUGGGAUCCAAAGGACAGAAGAUCCAGUUGCUGACCAAUCACUUCAAAGUGAAUGUGACCAAUAUGGAGGGUCAAUUCUACCACUACAGUGUUGCUCUCUUGUAUGAAGAUGGGCGUCCUGUGGAGGCCAAAGGUGUUGGUAGGAAGGUUCUUGACAAAGUGCAGCAAACAUACAGUAGUGAAUUGUCUGGAAAGGAGUUUGCAUAUGAUGGUGAGAAGAGUUUGUUCACCAUUGGACAACUGCCACUUAACAAGCAUGAGUUCACUGUUGUUCUGGAAGAGGUCACGUCUAGCAGGAACAAUGGAAAUGCGAGCCCAGAUGCUGGAGGAAGUCCAAAUGACACCGAUAGGAAGAGAAUGCGGAGGCCUUAUAACUCGAAGACUUUCAUUGUGCAGAUCAAUUUUGCUGCCAAGAUUCCCAUGCAAGCCAUUGCUAGUGCCCUGAAGGGGGUGGAAACUGAAAGCUCUCAAGAAGCAUUGAGAGUAUUGGAUAUCAUACUACGGCAACAUGCUGCAAAACAGGGAUGCCUCCUGGUACGCCAAUCGUUCUUCCACAAUGAUCCGAAGAAUUUUGUGGAACUGGGAAAUGGUGUUCUAGGUUGCAGAGGCUUCCACUCCAGCUUUAGAACAACCCAAGGAGGAUUGUCUCUGAACAUUGAUGUAUCAACUACCAUGAUCAUCCAGCCUGGACCUGUUGUAGAUUUUCUGAUUAACAACCAGAGCGCCAGAGAUCCAUUUUCUUUGGAUUGGGCUAAGGCUAAAAGAGUGUUGAAAAAUCUGAGGGUUAAAGUAAGCCCUACAAAUCAGGAAUACAAGAUCACUGGUUUGAGUGAUCAAAACUGCAAAGAUCAGCUGUUCCAAUUGAAACAGAAAGGUGAUGCUGAACCAUUGGAGAUCACUGUGUAUGACUACUUUGUCAAUCACAGAAACAUUGAGCUGCGGUAUUCGGGAGAUCUGCCUUGCAUUAAUGUAGGGAAGCCCAAGCGGCCGACUUAUAUUCCAUUGGAGCUAUGCUCCUUGGUUUCCCUUCAACGUUACACCAAAGCGCUGACUUCUUUUCAGCGUUCUUCACUGGUGGAGAAGUCAAGGCAGAAGCCCCAGGAGAGGAUGGCUGUUCUGGCGCACUCUCUCAAAACAAGCCGCUAUGACGAGGAACCCCUGUUGCGCGCAUGUGGUCUCUCAAUUAGCAAUGGUUUCACCCAAGUGGAAGGUCGUGUGCUGCCAGCUCCAAAGCUCAAAGUGGGCAACGGGGAUGAUCUAUUUGCCAGAAAUGGCCGUUGGAAUUUUAACAAUAAGAAACUGGUUCAGCCUUGCAAAAUUGAGAGAUGGGCUCUUGUCAAUUUCAAUGCAAGGUCUGAUAUGCGCAGGCUUGUGAAUGACUUGAUGAGAUGUGCAGAAGCAAAGGGAAUUGCCAUUGAGGAUCCUCAUGCAGUUAUUGAGGAAAACCGACAGAUGGUUCGUGCUCCUCCUAUAGUGAGAGUGGAGAAGAUGUUUGAGGAAAUCCAGUCUAAGCUUCCUGGCGCUCCAAAGUUUCUACUGUGUGUGCUUCCUGAGAGGAAAAACUGUCCUGUAUACGGGCCUUGGAAGCGGAAGAAUCUUGCUGAGUUUGGAAUUGUAACACAGUGUAUGGCUCCACAAAAGAUGAACGAUCAGUAUCUUACAAAUCUUCUCCUGAAGAUCAAUGCCAAGCUUGGUGGUCUGAACUCUUUGCUCUCUGUGGAGCACUCUCCUUCCAUACCUGUGGUAUCCAAGGCUCCCACCAUGAUCCUUGGGAUGGAUGUAUCUCAUGGUUCUCCAGGACAGUCAGACAUACCUUCAAUUGCUGCGGUGGUCAGCUCUCGACACUGGCCUUUGAUUUCUCGCUAUAGGGCUUCUGUACGGACUCAGUCUCCCAAAGUUGAAAUGAUUGAUUCCUUGUACAAACGAGUGUCUGACACGGAGGAUGAUGGAAUCAUGAGGGAAGCACUUCUGGACUUCUACGUGAGCUCAGGGAAAAGGAAGCCUGAUCAGAUUAUCAUAUUCAGGGAUGGUGUUAGUGAGUCCCAAUUCAACCAAGUGCUGAACAUUGAGCUGGAUCAAAUCAUUGAGGCUUGCAAGUUCCUGGAUGAGAAAUGGAACCCAAAGUUUGUCGUCAUUGUGGCCCAGAAGAAUCAUCACACCAAGUUCUUCCAGCCUAAUGGUCCUGACAAUGUCCCACCUGGAACCAUCAUUGACAACAAAGUUGGUCACCCAAAGAACUAUGAUUUCUACCUCUGUGCUCAUGCUGGAAUGAUUGGAACUACAAGGCCCACCCACUACCAUGUUCUGCUUGAUCAAGUGGGUUUCCAGGCAGAUGACCUUCAGGAGCUUGUCCACUCUUUAUCAUAUGUCUAUCAGAGAAGCAGCACUGCAAUUUCUGUUGUUGCUCCUGUGUGCUACGCCCACUUGGCAGCCACCCAGAUGAGCACAUUCAUGAAGUUUGAGGACACCUCAGAGACCUCGUCCAGCCGCGGCGGCGGGAUGACUGCUGCAGGGCCUGCUCCAGUUCCUGCUCUCCCAAGGCUUGAAGAGAAGGUGGCCAACUCGAUGUUCUUCUGCUGAGGUGGUCUUUGUUCAUGUGCUGGAAGUACUGUGAAGUGGUAGUGAACUAGUAGUUUGUCCUUUUGGCUGUGUACAUAAAGUGAACAUCUGUAAGGUUGUUGUGAAUUAGCCUUAGCCUUGCCUUUUCUCUUGAUCUAAAAGGCUAAGGAGUAUGGUAAGUUGAAACAGUGGUAGUAGUAAACUUUUGAGAGAGUGAUGAACAAUGUUAGGUGUAGUAGUGGUUAGUAGUAUCUAGUGUCUUAUGUCCUGUCUGGUCACUUUUGCAGUUGGAUCCUUUUGGAUUGUUAAGCUUGCUCUUAUGCAAGCAAUAACAAUCAGUAAACAAUCAAAUCCCCAGUAUCUAUUUCGGAAGCAGAAAAGAUAAGCGGUGUUGUCAGUUACAAGUUAGCAACACCAAACUCAGAGCAGCUUGAGACUAAAAUCACCAAAUCAAAAGUUCAUGUCUCCAGUGGCCAAUAAGUACAGAAGCAGUAACUUGGGAUGCAAACAACCGCAUUUUUGAAGUUGACAAUGUGAUCAACAAACCAAGUAAACACAAACUACCUACUUCUCCAGACAGAGACGGUAUGUAGGGCUGACAAUUUGGACCAGAACUGUUUGGUUUUACCCGAAACUGGACCGUAUAACUCGGAUCGGGACCAGACUGGGACCGGAUAGCAAACGAUCCAAUCUCAUAUUCGGGCUUAGAUUUGAGGUAAAAAAAAUCCGGAUAAAGACCGGAUAAGAGACCCCAAACACCUAAAAUCAAAAUAAAAUUGGGACCGGACCGGGUCAAGACCGGAGUGUAUCCAAUCCAAUCUUUGGUCCUUAUAUUCCCGAAAAGACCGGACUGGGACCGGAUCAAUUUGAUCCAAUUUAACCGAACCGGACCGUAUAGCCACCCCUAACUGUAUGUAUGUGUAACAUUCUCCCAUGCUGAUUGGAAAGUCGUAUUCAUCAGCGGUAGGUAGUCUCAAUUAAUUAAUUUCUCCAUUUUGUUUUGGAGAAUCAAAUUAUGUUUAGAGA